CGGGUCCUCGCGGUGCCGUGGUUCGUGUGGAAAGUUUACCGACUCGGGUGCAAAGUUUCAACCGUCUGCAAAGCAGAGCUCGUCGGCAGAGGAGUCAGGGAUAUGCUGGUGACGUCCUCCGGGUUUUCACACGGUUCCUAGAAGCCUGUAACUCCCAUGAUUUCCGCUCUUUGGAUGUAGCUGCACCCGGAGGACACCGUGAAGCCUUAUCUCUCUGUGAACUUGAAUCGACGAGGCUCACCAGGAAGCGAAAAUGGCCUGCGGACCCAACCGUGUCCGGUUGCUAUGUAUGCUCGCACUGACUUUCGGCUUCUUCGUCGUCGAGGUGGUGGUCAGCCGCAUCACCUCGUCCCUCUCGAUGCUCUCGGACUCCUUCCACAUGCUGUCGGACGUUCUGGCGCUGGUCGUGGCUCUGGUCGCGGUGCGGUUUGCCGAAAGAACCCACUCGACCAAGAAAAACACAUUCGGAUGGAUCCGAGCGGAGGUGAUGGGGGCUCUGGUCAACGCUAUCUUUCUCACGGCGCUGUGCUUCACCAUCGUCCUGGAAGCCAUCGAGCGCUUCACCGAACCCCAAGAGAUUGAUACUCCUAUGGUGGUGGUCUGGGUCGGCGCCGCGGGGCUCCUUGUCAACGUGCUGGGGCUCUUGCUGUUCCACGGACACGCCGGGGGAGGACACUCCCACGGGGGAGGACACUCUCAUGGGGACAAGGGGAAAAAGGGGAAAACGGGGAAACCCAAAAAGCUCCAGAACAGUGGGGAUGGGUCAGCGGCGGAGGAGACCAACAACCUGGUGGCGAGUCACAGCAGUCCGGGUGAUGGCAGGUCAAAAACCGAUGUCAGCAGUAAAGACAACCUGGAGGUGCAGAUGAACGGCAACGCCCAGUUCGACGACGACCAGGACUCGUCGGCGCAGCUCAACAUGCGUGGCGUCUUCCUGCACGUCCUGGGCGACGCGUUGGGUUCCGUCAUUGUAGUGGUCAACUCCCUCAUUUUCACGUUCGUGUGGAAGCCGUGCACCGACAAGAACUGCGUGAACCCCUGCGUCAGAAACCGCGAUGGAGACCUCCAGGCCGUUAAUCAGACGGGUACAGCGGAGAUAGCGGGCCCCUGCUGGGUGCUGUACCUGGACCCCACGCUGUGCAUCAUCAUGGUGUGCAUCCUGCUCUACACCACCUACCCGCUGCUCAAAGAGUCGGCUCUCAUCCUGCUCCAAACCGUGCCCAAGCAAGUCAACAUCAGACGGCUCAACGAGCGGCUGCUGAGCCUGGACGGCGUGCUGGCUAUCCACGACCUGCACAUCUGGCAGCUGGCUGGCAGCCGGAUCAUCGCCACCGCACACAUCAAGUGCCGCGACCCCACGUCCUACAUGGAGGUGGCCAAACGCAUUAAGGACUUCUUUCACGACGAGGGCAUCCACGCCACCACCAUCCAGCCGGAGUUCGUCACCUUCAGCUCCCAGUCGCGGGACUCCCUGUGCGAGCUGUCCUGUCGGACUCAGUGCGCCCUCAAGUUGUGCUGCGAGUCUGCAGACAAACAGAAGGGUGGCGUUGACCCAACAGCAGCAGCAACAGCGUCCUCAGCUGUGGACGUCGUUAUUGAGACCCCGGAGCAGACCACUGUCAUCCAGGUGUCUCAGACUGAUGCGAAGGCAGCCGUCCGCAAAGAGGUGGAGUCGUCGCUGUGAAACGAAAUGCACAGGCGAAGCAGCACGGUUCUGACGCUCGUCGUCUUUUUCACGGACCUCAUCUCCAGGACUGGAGCGACGCCUGCGCGACUGUCCGUCGUUUUUAGCAUCUCGUCGUGAUGUGUAACCUCAUCCUAAUGGUGUCGGGGGGUUUUUCUGUGCCAAAGCUUCUCGCUGCAGAACCGAGGGGACAAACGGACGAGUUGUGAAGACGAGCCUACGGACCUUCUGGUAAAAUGAGUCCUCGUUGUUUUGCGUGGGCUUUGAUCAAAUCUAUUUUCUUAUCCUUUUGGCUGCAAGUGGAAUAGUAUUGUAUUUCAUAAUAAUUUAAGUAUUUAAGUUAUUAGAAAUGAUUUAUCUUUCUGUAGAUGCUGUUUUAUGAGAUUUAGUUUAAAUGAUACAGAAGGAUUUUUUUUUUGUCCAGGAGUUUAUUUGAAUAAAAAAAACAAAAAACAGAAAUGUUUUAGUGAUCUAUUUUCAGAUUUGAUGUUUUUCUAAAGAUCUUGUCGUUGGACUUUCCUCUGGCCUUGACGCAGACACCUCUCACCUCGCCUUUUAAAGACUCUGCUGUGGUUUAUGACAAUGUUUUGUAGUCGGUUUGAGGAUUUCUUGCAGUGGUAGGUUUGGACAUUUUUAAGCCUCACUGGCUUGAAGUGAGUCUGUUGUGAAGAGGCAUGUGCCGGUAAGACAGCAAAAACUUUUGCAGUUUCACAGUCUCACAAUAAAACGGCAAAGCUCAGUCUUUUUAACUUUAUUUAAAACAAAAACAACAA